AUGACAAAAUUGGCUAGCGUUCAACUUCAAAAAUCAAAAAUAGUCGAUUAUUCACAUCUUAACGAACACGAUCCAGACUUUAACUCAGAUUCAGAUGACAGCAGCUGUGAAGGAGUGGAUACUACCGAAAAUGACGCCGAUAAUGGAGAUUCAAUCGAUGGCGGUGAUGAUGAAGAUUAUCUAUCUGAUCAUCUUUGCAAUGUUAGUUCGACUAAUUUUCAAGGAAUGCGAGUUUUUGAUUCUAUUAAUCCAACGUUGGCUAAGUGGUACUUUAUCGUCAACAUUAAUGGUACAAAAAAAUAUUUACAUAAACAGACAGCUGCUUGGCUUCUUUCAAGUGACAAGUCUACUUUGUCAUUAGAUCGUUUAAAACGUGUUAUGACUAACACAACUAAAAAUAUAUUUCCAUUUGAGUUCUUCAUAUUCGAAUCUCAUCUUGUCUUUUCGAGGUGUUAA